CGUGUGCUGUUACUGUUCUGGGUAAUUGACCCUGAAUUUGUUCCUGUUCCUGCUCAGCUAUAGAUAGAACGAUGAGGUUUGAGAUCUCUGAGGUUCGAUCAUGGUGCAAUAGUUGAUUUUGCAUUCAGUUUUCCCAAUUCUGUCUUUCAUAUGUAUUUAGGGUGAAAAGAUGGAAGCAGCUGUAUCAAAAUUAGAUCCUAUUACUGAAAAGCUUGAGGAGGGUGCUGUUUAUGAGAUAUCAAACUUCUUGAUCGUUCAGAAUACCGGAUCUCAACGCUAUACAAGGCAUUCUUUCAGAAUAAUUUUGCAUACUUCUACUAGAAUUGUCCCAGCAAAGGAUGAUCGUAUUCCAUUGCAUGGGUUGUCAUUUUUUCACAUUCAGAAUAUCAUGUUAGUGGGAGAUAAAUUUGGCUACUUAGUAGAUGUAAUGGGAGUGUUGUCAGCUGCAUCUAGGGUCAAACUUCUGAUCAAGGGUAAUAGGAUCUAUAAGAUGAUGGUUAUUGAUAUAAUGGAUUUAACUGGGAAGUGUAGUUGUGUGCUGGUUGGUGAUAUAGUGGAAAGUAUUUCUGAAUACCUUAGUAAGGAUUGGGUAAAUAGGCCUACUAUUGGUUUACGUUAUGUUGAUGUAAGAAAGGUUGAUGGCAAAGUUAAGAUUAAUUGCAUCCCAUACGUUUCCAAGAUUUACAUCAAUCAUGUGUAUGAAGAAGAUUGGAUAACGGGGGAUAGGUUUAUUGGUCUGGAAUCAGAUAUUCCUGUUGAAUAUAUUUGUAGCCCUGAUUUGAGUUUUGACAUUAAAGACGAUAUGGUUGGCUCUAACUCAAUGAGAACUGUUGCUGAAUUAUUGACUGUUAAACAGCGAGGUGUUGCGGUUGUUAAAGCUUGUAUCAAUGCAUUUAUUAAUGAUUGCCCAUGGUCUUAUAAUUCAUGUUGGUGUCAUAUGGAACUCCAGAUGGAAAAUGGUGCUUAUAGGUGCAAUAGGUGUUAUCGUGACAUUGGCAAAACUGUCAGGAGGUAUAAAAUUCAGCUGGAAGUGUUUGAUGGCUAUGAUAACACCAUAUUUGUGCUUAAUGAUGCUCAAGCAAAUCAAUGUGUUGGUAUUCAAUGCGAGGAUUUACUUAAUUUGAAUGAGAAGAAUGCUGUUCCUGGUAGAUAUCCGUUGAUACUCCAAGAGAAACUGCUUAGUAAAGAAUUGCUGUUCAAGGUUCGUACGGGUGCUGGUACAACGUAUUAUGGUGAACAGACAUUUGAGGUGCUGGCUAUUUGUGAUGAUGUUGGUGUGAUCUCCAACUUUAGUCGUAGUGAAGCAUUCCUCACACCUGUUAAGGCUAAGUUUUGUCCGCCUUUCACUCAGUUUGAAGAAAUUUGUGAUGGUCAUGAUACUGAAGAUAAUGGAGUUGCGAAGCUUAAAGAAACAGUCCAUUGUGGUAGUAGCAAUAUUGGGGUAAUACAUUCCUUGGGUUGUCUAUCUGACUCUACUCAUUCAUCCAUUAACCAAGUUAUUGUUCAUCGUCCGCUGAAAAGGAAAUUGAUGGCAGAAUUUCAAGAUUCUGAGAAUGGUUGUGGUCAGUUACUUCAGUAUGUUGAUCAGUGUGGUGGGAGUAAAUUGGUUGAGGAGUAUAAGUCAUUUUCUAAAGGGAAUUGUAGUGGAAUCCAGCCUAUUCCUUCUGAUUGCAAAAGUCUGGAAGAUGAUGUGGAACAUGUUAAGGGUCAAAGUUGCAAAAGUCAGAAUUGCAAGCUAAUUGAAUAGGGUAUGGACUUCUGUGUUGAAUCUGGUCAUGAUGUUUAUGUUCAAGAUAGUAACAAAUCUUUGGUUGGCUACCAUUGUUUGAAGAUGUUUAGUUCUAUUGGUGGUGUCUCAGGUUUGAAGGAAGAGGAGGUGAAGGUAGCUGGGGUAGUUGAUUUGGAAAGCUUGGACCAUGAAGGUGAAGAAUUGUCUGAACAAGAAUUUGGAAGGAAUGAGUUAAUUAGUGUAACUGAUUCAUCUUCCAGUGAUAAUUUUGAGAUUCUGGUGGAAGACAAGGAUCAAGGAGGGGACUGCAUUGAAGUUAUAUAUCUAUCAGACUAAUUGGGCUUAUCAGAUCUGUUUAGUAGUUGUGUGCCUUUUUUGUAUAAUAUGUUGGCAUCCUUUAGCUUAUCUUUUUGUUAGUAGUAAGGUCAUGCUGGACGCCAUGGGUAUUUUGUUUUAUUUGUAAAAUUCCUUACUAUUAUUUUGUAAUUUAGUGUUCUAUCAGAUCUAUAUUUUGAUGUAAGUUUGGACGGAUCUAAUUUGAUGAUAUUUCUGUUUAUGUA